AUGUAUGAGGGAGCGAGCUAUCUGGUGGACGGCAACUGGCAAGGCGAUGGGCCAUGCUACGACCACCCAUGGCCCUCACAUCCGACCUUCCAUCAGCCAUCUCUCCGGUCGUAUGCGCCACACGAACCACACUGGUGGUUCUCGCAAGGAACCACCCCCGGCCAUGGCUAUCAGCAGCAGUCGCAGAACAGCGCUACGUGGAUGAAUCCUUACCAACACCAUCCAACCCGACUUACCCAGACCUUUCCCAACCCUGCCCUCCCCAUGCUGCACAGCGCAGAUAUGAUGCAACAGCCUCGCUGGGCAACCGCGCCGCCAAUGCCAACCUAUCAGUUACUGCCAUCAGUCCAGCAAUCUUCCGCCGUCGCUCCACCCGCACCGCUGAUUCUAUAUCAGCUGGUGUCGCCGUAUGAGUCGAGGCCCAUGCGAAUGCAGCUCCAGGGACAAACGAACAACCUACCACCGUCGAAAGACUGCAGCUCUCCUUGGACUACUUCCGCCGCUUCAUGGAAAUCGGGACAGCCGUGUCGCUCAAUCACCAGGCGGAGAGGCCCUCCGCGCAAGCCCAAGCGGUCUGGGCAUGCGAUCUGGGUGGGCAACAUCCCGUCGUCCGUCUCGAUAGAAGCCCUGAAAGACCACUUAUCGCGAAGCUUCACAUCGGAAAUCGAGAGCGUCUUCCUCAUGUCCCGGUCCAAUUGCGCAUUCGUGAACUACAGGACCCGCAAGGCUUGUGUUGCGGCUGUCGAGCUCUUCAACCAGUCACUGUUUGGGCCGGUACGCUUGCUCUGCCGCUUGCGACAAGAACCUGGAGUCCUAUCACCAACGUUGGAACAGGGUCCCCCAACACCCGCAGCGACGGACUCGACAUCGUCAGACAUUCUCACGCCAAGCGACAGCCUCGACGCCACGACCCACGCUCUAGCCGCUGUGGAUUUGGACGAUGCGAAAGGUGAAGCCCUCUCGACAGAGACCACGAAUCUCUCCUCGCCUUGUCGGCAGACCAGAGCGACGGCCGACGACCGCUUCUUCAUCCUCAAAAGUAUGACAAAGGAAGACAUACACGAAAGCCUCCGGACGGGCGUCUGGGAAACGCAGACCCACAACGAACGACCACUCGCCGAGGCCUUCGAAAGCGCCAGCAAUGUCUACCUGAUGUUCUCGGUCAACAAAUCCGGGCAAUACUUUGGCUACGCCCGAAUGUGCUCCUCGCCCCUCGACAGCCUCCCGAGCGAGUGCGAGACCUCCCCUCCUUCUGCCGAUCAAUCCACAAGCGAGCAUCUCCGGUCCACCAUGUCACCCGCCACGGAGACAGCUCCGAGGGGUUAUAUCAUCGAUGAUCCGACGCGAGGGACAUUAUUCUGGGAGGCCGCGGAGACGAACACCAUCGUCUCUUCCACCACCACCACCACCACCGUCACGAGCGAUGUGGGCGUGAGCGGGAAAGAAGCCCGAACCCGUCCCUUUCGUAUCGUCUGGCUCUCCACCAGAAAGGUCCCCUUUCAGCGUGCCAAGGGGUUGAGAAAUUCAUGGAAUGGGAACAAGGAAGUCAAAGUCGCGAGGGAUGGGACGGAACUGGAGACGGAGAUUGGGACGAAGGUUCUGAGGCUUUUCCAUGAUGAGGUGGUGGUGAAGUGA